AACCGUUUGAAGAAGGGGCCUCGUUAUGGAGGCAAUGUGAUCAAGGCAACUUGGGUAUUGUCGUGCAGUCAAGGAAGGCGCCCGCCGGUGUGCAUGCGUUGCACAACAGAAUUAUGGUCUGAUCCUGAGGGGGAGAGCAGCGUUCAAAGGUUUUAGAGUAUUUAAGACUGCGGGCGCUUGGUGUUGAAUUGGCAUUGGGGCUUUCAAGAACACAAGACAAUGCAAUCCCAAAGAAAUCAACGUGACGAGCUGUCUGAGUCUGAGGUGAUGCUGGCAAGUGCACAUGCAGCACGGAGGGUGGCUACAACGCUCAGGCAUCUGGUACCUUAUACUACAUCCCGGUCCACAGAAGCUGUCCAGGAUGACGUUAGCAGCCGGGUGUGCUCUUCCGCUGGUGGAGACAAGCCUCACGGGAAGAAUGAGGCAGUGGACGUUGGAACUGCAUUCCACAGGAACCACUGGCCCCACAUCCUCUCUCGCAAGCAGUACGAGGCGAUGUACCGGUGGUCGGUUGAGGACCCCCAGAGCUUUUGGGGCAGCAUUGCGGCGCAGCUGCACUGGGAACGACCGUGGGACAAGGGACAGCCGAUUUGCAGCUACAACUUCAACCUGGACAAGGGGCCCAUCUACGUCAAGUGGUUCCCGGGAGGCCGGACGAACGUGUGCUUCAACGCCUUGGACCGCCACGUGCUGAGCGGGAACGGCAACAAGGCCGCCAUCCUGUUUGAGGGCAAUGACGUCGGCAUCGACCGGCGGCUGACGUAUCAGAACAUGCUGGAGCUGGUCUGUCAGAUUGCCAACUACUUGCGGUCGCUCGGAGUCAAGAAGGGCGACACGGUGUGCAUCUACAUGCCCAUGGUCCCCGAGCUCCCGGCCACCAUGCUCGCCUGCGCGCGCAUCGGGGCGAUCCACUCGGUUGUGUUUGGCGGGUUCAGCGCGGAGUCUCUGGCCGGCCGCAUGUCCGACUGCCGUCCGAAGCUGCUGGUCACGUGCAACGCCGUCCGCCGGGGCGCCAAGGUGCUGAACCUCAAGGAGAUCGCGGACAAAGCGCUCGAGCUGUGCGAGAAGAAGGAAGGGGUCCGAGUUGGUCAGAGCCUCGUUUUUGAGAAUGCCAACGCCACCAAACGCUCUGACACCGCCUGGAAGAACGGGCGCGACGUUUGGUGGCAGGACGUCAUCCCCCGGCAGUCAAAGAACGCGCCCGUCGAGUGGAUGGACUCCGAGGACCCGCUCUUUAUGCUGUACACGAGCGGGAGUACCGGCAAACCUAAGGGCGUGAUGCACACUGUUGGGGGCUACAUGGUCUACGCCGCGACGACUUUCAAGUUCACUUUCGACUAUCACGACGAUGAUGUAUUCUGGUGCACAGCGGACUGCGGCUGGAUCACUGGGCACACGUACCUGGCUUACGGACCACUGCUGAACGGGGCCACGUGCGUUGUUUUUGAGGGCGUGCCCACGUAUCCGGACGCCGGACGGUGCUGGCAGAUCGUGGACAAGUACAAGGUGUCCAUCUUUUACACGGCACCCACGGCCAUCCGCUCCAUGGAGAAGGAAGGCGACCGGUUUGUGAAGAAGUACUCGCGGAAGUCGCUCCGGGUGUUGGGAACGGUGGGCGAGCCCAUCAACCCCAAAGCCUGGUGGUGGUACUUCGACGUUGUUGGAGACGGUCGCUGCCCAAUCGUCGACACGUGGUGGCAGACCGAGACUGGGGGCAACAUGAUUUCUCCGAUGGCCGGGGCUUGGGACCUGAAGCCGGGCUCCGCCACGCUUCCUUUCUUCGGUGUCCAACCUGUCCUGCUCGACGAGAAGGGCCGCGAGAAAGAAGGCGCGACCGACGGGAACUUGUGUAUCAAAGCGCCCUGGCCUGGUAUCGCACGCACGCUGUUUGGAGAUCACGAGAGGUUCCAACAGACCUACUUCUCGACAUACAAGGGAUAUUACGUCACCGGAGAUGGCGCUAGAAGAGACGAGGACGGGUAUAUUUGGCUGACGGGCCGGACCGAUGACGUCAUCAACGUCAGCGGGCAUAGAAUCAGUACGUCAGAAGUGGAAGCGGCUCUGAACGCCCAUCCCGCGUGUGCCGAGUCGGCGGUGGUUGGGUUUGACCACGAGAAGGGCGUGCGCUCCGAGAUCGGCGGCUUCGCGGCGCCUGACGUCAUCCACUGGGCGACGGGCCUGCCCAAGACUCGCAGCGGCAAAAUCAUGCGCCGGAUCCUCCGAAAGAUUGCCGCCAACAAACUGGACGAGCUGGGAGACGUGAGCUCUUUGGCAGAUCCCUCUGUCAUCGACGCGCUUAUCAAGUUGAAAGGAAAGUAAUCUUGGUUCUUCGGGAAGUUGGAUCGAACGUAAAACUUCAAGGUCAUAGAUCACGUGGCUUGAAGAGCAGUCGGUCAUCUUGUUUUUGCUUAUGCUAGCGAAGUCAACGGUAGAAACAAAGAGUGGAAGGUAGGAUGAGUCCAGCCGAGCGAAGGCAACAGCUUGAUUCGGUCCCAUUGUCACUUUGGUCUGCGGCACUCGACGGCCGGGAAACGUAGGCACCAUCAGAGAACGUUCAAAGAGGAGCAGAGCUCACAUGUACAGUUAAGUCUGCAUAGCUUUGUCUUAAGUUAAAAAUGGUUAGGUGAAUAGGACUAGGUCGUUAAUUAGGGUGAGAUGUAAUUUAGUUCCGUGCAUCAAGGUCAGAGGUGCCUAUACUAGGAGAGACAGACCACAUAGUUGAGAACUCGGAAUUUGCAGAUCCGACAGUCCCAAGUUGCGUGGUUGGAUCAAUUCGAGCAUAUGCACGGGAAACCUCCGACAAGUUGUAGUCGGACUCGACU